AUGUUGGUAACCGUAUUUGGAUCACUCAAUUAUGAUUUAGUAACGUUCACGAAACGUGUUCCCAACGCCGGCGAAACGUUCGCUGCCGAUAGGUUUGAAACACAUAUCGGAGGGAAAGGUUUGAACCAGGCAGUGGCAUUAGCAAAAUUGAGAUCACCGACGUCGAAUAUCAAGGUCGAAAUGAUUGGAAGCGUGGGCAAAGAUGCCUUCGGAGAGGAAAUUUUGCAGUGUUUACAAGAAAAUGGUGUCUGCGUCGAGAAAAUUAGAACAUUGACGGAGGUCAAGACUGGAGUUGCAACAAUUUUGGUGGAAGAAAACAGUGGUCAAAAUAGGAUUUUGAUAGCAGCAGGGGCCAACGGAUGUACGGAUUAUGUACCAGAAACUCUCGAGAAGUUGUUUCCUUCAGAUAAUCUGCCCAGCUUGGAUUACGUUAUUUUCCAGAACGAGAUUCCUGGGACAAUUCCGACUAUCCAGUGGCUCAACGCACACAGACCUGGUCAUAAAAUUGUGUACAACCCUUCACCUUUCAAGGAGACUGAUAAGCAAAUAUGGGAAUUGGUUGAUGUGCUGGUGGUGAACGAAAUUGAAGCGCUUCAAAUUGUUAGUUCCGUUUACAGUGUGCGAGACGCAGAACAUAUGGCCCUGAAAGCCUCCAAAAAUGCCAUUAUGGGAUACAAAUCGAUAGCAAAUGCUUUAACUGGAGACUUGCUCACCAAUGGAGACGACAGCGGUGUUAUAAUAACUUUGGGUGAGCUUGGUGUAGUUUUUAAGACGAAAAAGGACAAAGAGGCCAGCCAUUUGGAAGCAGCGAAAGUUGCCAAGGUGGUUGACACGACCGGAGCCGGUGAUACCUUUUUGGGUGCAGUAGUUACACAGCUUUGCUCGGGAGAGUCGAUGCGAGACGCUGUCGCAUUUGCCGUUAAGGCAAGCGCCAUUGGCAUUCAGCGUAGUGGCGCGGCAGAGAGCAUACCUCUCUUUAAUGAAAUACUUUAG